AUGCAGAGAAUAUCACCGUUGAUCCCGUCGUUCACCAACCGUCAAUUCAAACACAGGCAAUUUAUCCAAACAUUCCACCUCACAAUCUCCCGACACCAACGCUACACUCGUAGCAAUCAGCCCAUCGGUCUUUCUCGGCGGUAAGGUGUUUGUCCCCACUUCGCAAUCACUACAAAUAGCGCUCAAAAGCGCGUUCAGAGAUAGCAUUACUAACGCACCAUCCACGGUUCCCCCCACUUUUUCCUGCUAUAGACACGAAAUUCCAGACCCGCUCCUACCGCCGGAUAUCUUCAAGCCCGAGGAUCCUAAUCAGAGCCCGGAACAGCUCUUCAAGCCCCUCACCGAAGCUCCUGGAUCCCCAAAUUCGCUCCUCUACCAUAUCAAGGACCGUACAAGAGCCCUAAUCUACAUCGACGGCACGAGCAUCGGCAAUGGAAGUCCACAUGCUAGAGCCGGGUGCGGCGUCUACCGCUCGCCGGAUGAAUCACUAAACAUAUGCCGCCCGCUACCCAUCGGCACGACGAACAACCGAGCGGAGCUUUGGGCAGCAGUGCGCGCGUUGGAAUUAAUUGCCCGCGAACCCACUGCCACUGACGCCGCAACCUCUCCCCGCGACGGUGACGAGGGCGAACGCGACGCUAUUGCGGACAACUGGAUUAUCGCUAGCGAUUCGACUUAUAUUGUCAUGGGAGCUACAUACUGGGCUUGGAAGCGGCGGGCUAUUGGGUGGAAGAAGAAGAAGAAUACCCCUAGCGUGGGGCAAAUGGGAUCGAGCGAGAACCUGCUGGGUGAAGGUCUGGUGCCGAAUGCGGACCUGUGGGACCGUUUGCUGAGAGGGAUUAUGAAUAUCCGAGGGCAGAUCUUGUUCUGGUUGAUUCGGAGGGAGUGGAAUCGGGCGCAUGUGUUGGCGAGCCGGGGGGCUGUGAGAAUUUCCAUCCACCCAUAUCUCUCUCUCUAUCAUCGCGGGGGUUAACUAAUAGAUGAAGAAACUCGCACUCACUCCCGACGAUAAUGCGAGACUUGAUGCUCCGACGAUUUCAAGAAUUCCUAGUCGGUCUCGUGGCCCCCCUGCUACCUAA